AUGGAUCAACCAAUAUUGAAUUUUGAAUCGGAAGAGGAGAGGAGGCAAUAUCAAAGAGCACAAAGAAGAGAGUAUCAGAGAGAAUAUCAAAGAGAAUAUAGGAGACGACAACGGGAACGUUUGACAGAUGAUCAAAGGGAAGAAGAAAGAAGAAGACAAAGUGAAGCUCGAAGACAAAGAAAUGCUAGACGAGCAGAAGUAACAAUACAAGAGUUGGAAUUUCUAAAUAGAGAGGAAGCUAAUAUUAUUACAAAUAGUCAUCAAAGAACAUCUCAACAACUCUCUCAUAUUGAAAGAGACCAAAGGCAACAGGUUGAUUCACAUUCAAGUGGGCAGUACAAUCAACCAUCAAAUCAAAAUAUUGAGUGUCAUCUUCAGAAUGAAAGCUCAAGGUCAAUAGAACGAGUUGCAGAGACACCUCGACCUAGAAGUCAAUUUGAGAAUAAUUUGGGUGCAGAAGGUGAUGCACAAAAUAGACAAAAUACAAAUGGAAUGAUUCGAGCUGAUUUUCAAAGAUUUCAAAUGCAAUUUCGACACCAAUUAGAUCGCUUUAGAAUGCCAAACAUGUGUUAUAUUUGUCAAGAGUGUUAUCUGGGAAUUAAAGUAAAUCGUAGCUCACAAGGUCCUAUAUGCACUAGAUGUAGACAAGAGAGAGGAAACAAUAGAUUUUCAGCUUCAAACAAUAUGGAUCCCGGGCCACAACCAGAAGAGCUUGCAAGUUUGACUCAAGUAGAAGAAAUGUUGAUUGCAUGUGUCAACCCAAUAUUACAAGUUACACAUGCAACAGGUGGUCAAUACAAAUACAAAGGACACACAAUAAGUUUUCCACAAAAUGUGGAACAUAUUUCAAACAUUUUGCCACAUACAAUAGAUCAUUUGCCAAUCAUUAUUGUUCGAAGAAGGGACCAACGUGGCACAAAUUAUAACUUUACAGUGAAUAGGGAUCGUGUGUACAAAGCACUUAAAUACAAAAUUGAGCAUGAUAAAUAUUAUUCUGAUGUCAUAGUUAAUGAGAAUGCUCUCAAUGAUCUAUCUAGCAAUUUUGAUGAAAAUAUUUUCAACAGAUUGAAGACAGUGCAUAUGGAAUUUGAUUCUGAUGCAAAUGAAAUCAUAUUUGUGGGUCCAAUCAUGGAAACAGAUGAAGCAUUGAUCGAUUGGCCAGCAAUUGGUACAUCUCCUAUCAAUGAGUAUGUCACAUUGGGAUUACUUGAUAUGGCAUUUCCAACAUUGUUUCCUGAUGGUAGAUGUGACUGGUUAGAGCCACGAAUGAGGCGAGUGCAUUUGCAUGAAUUUGUGAAACAUCUACUACGGUAUAGAGAUCAUCGAUUUGGUCAACAUCCAAGAUUCAAAUAUUUUAUGAUGAACAUGAUUAUGAGACAUCGUGCACAAAAUUCAUCUGCAGUCUUUGUAAAACGAGGUUUUCAUGACAUGCCAAUCACUAUUAAUGAAUUGCGUCAACAUAUGGAAAAUAUGCCACAAUCCCAUUUGGCAGAUAGGUUGAUGCAGUUUGGAACAUCAUUGAGGGGUACAAGGUCAUAUUGGGCCAAAUGUCGUGCAGAAUUAACAGACAUGCUUCAUCAAAUAGGCUCCCCUACGAUAUUCUUCACAUUAAGUGCAGCAGAUAUGUAUUGGCCUGAUUUGCAUGCACUAAUGCCGGGAACAUCACCAACCACUCCACGAGAAGCUCAAAAUUGGAGAAAGCAGAAUGUUAUCAACUACCCCCAUAUAGUUGCACAUUACAUGCACUUAAGACAUUCAAUAUUUAGAAAAGAAAUCCUAGAAAAAGGAAUGAAUGUUGAAGAUUUUUGGUCUAGGUAUGAGUGGCAACAUAGGGGGUCACCACAUGUGCAUGGAUUCAUAUGGAUGAAUGGAGCACCCAAUAUGGACAAUAUUGACUGGUCAAAUGAAGAGCAACGAAAACAUGCAGAAAAAUACUUUCAUUCCAUUGUUCAUGCAUGGAAUCCUAGAGAAGAUCCACAUCAACGAAAUAUACAGGCAUUUCAAAAUUUUCCUCUACAUCCAUGUCUAAAAAAUACAAGACAACUUGCAGAGAUAGAUAUUGAUAAGGACUAUGAAGAGAUCCUUAACUGUGUAGAACGACAUACAUUGUGUAGGGAGGGUGCAUGCCUGCGAAAAAAAAGAGGAAAGAUGGUUUGUAGGUAUAAUGCUCCUUGGCCUUUGAAUCUCAGUGGGUCCAAAUUAUAUGAAGAUAUAGAAAUAGGUGAAAAAAAUUUUGAACCUGCAAGAAAUGAUGAUAGGGUGAAUUCACAUAAUCGUCACAUAUUGCAAUUAUGGAGAGCAAAUAUAGAUUGGCAACCUGUUCUUUCCAAACAUGCAGUAGUCAAAUAUAUUGCCAAGUAUGCAGCGAAAGCAGAGAAAAGCUCUGAAACAUAUCACCAGAUGUUGAUGCGCCUCUCCAACAUGGAAGACCCUAAUGAUUUAGCUGCUCGAGCAUAUAGAAGGCUUCUGACUGAAACAAUUAUUGAAAGGGACAUUGGUGCUCAAGAAACAUGUCACAUGUUGUUAGAACUUCCAUUAGUAGAGAGUAGCAGAAGAUUUGUUAAUCUAAAUGUCUCACGUGAGGUGUUCAAACCUGUAACUAUAAAUGAUGAAGAGAAUAAUGAAGAGCAGACAAAAUCUUUCAUUGAUGGAUAUAAAACAAGGCCUCUUUGUAUGGAAGGUGUCACAUUAAUUGAUGCAGCUAGAUCAUGGAUAUAUAAUCCUAAAAGAAAACGAGACAACAAAUGGGAACCAAGGGAAAGAGCAGCAAUUGUUAGAGUUUUUCCUAGGUUUGUAUCUCUUCCUCCACAGGCUAAUACUCAUUCAGAAAUUGAAGAGAAUGAACCUAUUCAGAGAAAUACCACAGAGCAUGAAUGGGAAAUUUUAUCUAGGCUACAUCAUGGUCAAAAUAUACAAUUUUCAGAAAUAGAUAUGUUGGGGAGAAGAGACAUUGAUAGACAUACAAAUUGGUCUAUUGAUUAUCAAGGUGAAGAGUACACAACUACAGCAAUCAGUUUCAUAACUAACAUGAAGGAUCAUGGAUGUCUUAUAUAUGAUGAUAUACCCCAAUGCAUCAACUACAUGACCCUCAGUGAUAAGCAAAAAAAGGCAGUUGAUAUAAUUAUGACACACUAUCAGAGGAGUCAAAAUAAAGUGCCAUUGUUCAUGAUAAUUCAGGGAACAGCAGGUACAGGAAAGUCAUAUUUAAUUGGUGCCAUCAGUCAAGCUCUUGAAAAUGCUGCAAUGCCAUCUCAUUCUCCCCUUCUAUUACUCGCACCAACAGGAGUUGCAGCGUUCAAUAUAGGGGCCUCUACAGUUCAUUCCAAAUUGAGAAUCCCAAUACGAGAUUUCACUCAACUACAGGGAACAAGACUUGCCAUUUUUCAAGAAGAAAUGGCACAUAUCAAGUACAUUUUGAUUGAUGAAAUGAGCUUCAUUGGUCAAAACAUGUUGGAAAACAUAGAUUCUCGACUCCGACAAGCAUACCCACAAAGUGCACACCUAAGUUUUGCAGGUAUAUCUAUGAUUUUGGUAGGAGAUUUGGGUCAAUUACCUCCGGUUAAUGAUAGACCUGCAUAUGCCAGUAAUAGAUGGGCAAAGCUACUAUGGGAGGAAUUCAAAAUUGUGGUUACUUUAGAUAAAAUAUUCAGACAAGAUGGAUAA